GGUUGUUGUGGGUGGUGGUUAUGGAGAUGAGAUGGAGCUACCAGCUGUCCACAAAACGGUGAAAUUGCUGUGUCCAUCAGAGGGAUGCCCAAGAAGAUAGGAUUCAUUGUGGUUAACUCUUCAAGUCAUGAGGACAGCUUCAGUGCUAAGGAACUCAUGGUCCAUGCACCCACAGUCAACGGCUGGAGAUCCAGCAGGUUGUGCUCCUAUCCUCAGUACAUCACCCUCCAGCUGGUGGAAAGAAGUAGGAUAAAAAAGCUGCAGCUUCUGGCUCACCAGUACCUGAUCCCAGCAAAGGUUGAAUUCCAUAUUGGAGACAGUCUUCUUGAAACCAGUCCUUCAAGGCCUCCUGGACAGCUUCACAGACUUGGGUACGUAUCUCUGUCAGAUAACGAGAAGACGGGUUUUAAAGCUCGGGAGCUGAAGUCAGUCCAUGUGGAUGCCUUUGGAAUGUAUCUGAGAAUAACUUUCCACAGGAACCAUAACAACCGUUACAAUCACUACAACCAGGUUGCUUUGGUUGCCAUUAAUGUUCUGGGAGAUUCUUUGGACAGCAGCAUCUUAAACAUGACACCAAGCGGAGAGCAGCUGAUUGAACACUACCUCAACAGUACCCAGCAGGAAGCCGCCUCGGACACCACUUACAUGGGAAAAUGUGAGACCAUCUCCCCCUUUGAUGACUUGGCCUUCGAUAUGUACCAGGACCCUCAAGUUGCUCACAUCAUUCGUCUCCUGGACCAAAAGAAGCAAGACGUGGUCCGACAGGAGAACUUUGAGGAGGCUAAGAAUCUGAAACAGGCCAUUGCAGAUCUGCAGAAGGUUGGAGAGCGUUUGGCUCGAUACGAUGUGGAGAAGCGAUGUGCCAUUGAGAAGGAGGACUACGACUUGGCUAAGAAGAAGAAGGAGCUGAUGGAUGAGUACAGGAGGACUGUUUUCCAGCAGCUUGAAGUCCACAACCUGCUGGAUGUGACACUGAUCACCAGUACAGCAGGUUUGUCCCCAGCCCAGUGUCCUCCUCUAACUCUGCCUUCUCCAGGCCAUCGUUCCAUUCCCAACAAGUCCCUAUUGGCUACAGACACAUUCAGGAAGGGGAAAAAACUAAGCUGUCAUCAACAUCAGCAGCCAGCCAGACAGACUGUUGUUUUCCAACACAGCAGCCAACCUGACGCACCGUUCACCCCUGCUGCUGUACCCAAGAUAGAUGUUACCAGUUUGCCUUAUGAUGAGAGGCCACUGCCAGCCCUUCAGAGGAAAGAUCUGUCAGUCGAGAGCAUCCAGAGUCCAGCAGCAGAGCAAUCCCCUAAAUCUGACGUUCAAAAGACUCCACAAGGACCAGAAAUGAGUGGAGAGCCUGAACCCUUGACAGAGAAAGCCCAAAGAGAAGCUGAUCUUCCAAUAGAAGUCUAUGGAGAGAACUUAGUUGCUAGAGCAUAUUCUAAAACCUGGUGCCACAGAGAAGAUGCUCUGCUGACUGUGCACAACAGACUGCUGGAAGUGUCCCCAUCAGCCCCCAAGGAGGUUCUGAGAAACACGAUUAGAGCUGCAGUCUUCCUGGUCAAGAAGGCCCUGCUAGAUAAAGUUAUAUCUGUUUUCUACGCAUCACUGAAGCUGCUUCGGCUAAUGCUGUGCCAGCAGAUCCCAGGUCUGGGACUGGGCCAGGCUGAGGUAGCACACUGCUUGGAGCAGACAAUCCCCAACUUGCUGGCCAGAGCUGGAGACUCCACAAACCGCCUGCGUGCUGCAGCAAUUACUUUUAUACAGGAAACAGCCGUUCUGAAGGAUGUCCGGGCCUUGCAGAUAAUCCCUGGUGAACUAGUGAAGCCUUUCAAAUCCAACUUCCCCUCUCGCUUGGCUCAGAGUCGGGCCGAGCUGGUCGAGAAACUACUCCAGGACCUGGGUACACAGAACUCUGGCUUCACACUGGAAAAUGUUAUCAUGUUUUGUAGAGGUGCGUUGGAGCACAGUGCCAAAGAGGUUCGGGAGCUGGCCGUGCGCAUCAUCUCGUCCAUGUAUCAGCAGCACGGGACUGCUGUUCUCAGCUACCUUCCACCAAAAGAUGCUGCGGCACGAAAAAACUUUGUCUACAAAAACCUUUUUGAUGGUUUUGCUAAGUUUGAUGGAAAACUGGUGGAAACUCUGACUUUGAAGAAGGGUGGUAAAAGUGGACAAAAGGAGAAGGAGGAAAUCCACUCCCUUCAGGAGCAGCUGGCUGUCCUGAAAGACGUCACAGUGAAAGGGAAUGAAAGCACCAAAGGACAACCACCCAAAAAGGAACAACACAAAGUCGAUAAAGAGUCUCCAAAAGGUGCCAAAGCCCAUGUGACCAAAGGUCCUCAGAGGAAAACGACUAACAGUGUAGAUAAUGUGCAGCACUCUGUCAAGUAUCUGGACAACUUGUGUAUAUUCUGCGAUAAAAAAGACGAGUCGUUCACAGAAGAUGGAUUGGACAUUCACUACUGGAAACAGUGUCCGAUGCUGCGGCGCUGCGAUGACUGUAGACAGGUAGUUGAGAUAGCCAGUUUCACAGAACACCUGCUGGGCGAGUGUGAGAACAGGUCCAAGUUCAGCCAGUGUUCACGCUGCUCGGAGGCCGUGCACACAGAAGAUCUGCCAUGUCAUGCUCAGGGUUCAGACUGCAACCCCCUUGGCUUGAGAAAUGGCUCCACCUUAAACCACUGCCCUUUGUGUCACAGCAAUUUUCCCCCUGGAGAGGAGGCCUGGAAGGCUCACCUCAUGGGCAGAGACGGCUGUAAACAAAACUCUCGCAGAACUGCGCUAUCCCAGAAAACCCAGGCAGCACAAGGCAGGGCUGUGGCUGAAACGAAGCUGAAACAGACGUGGUCAUUCGGAGCCGGACCCAGAGCCAGGCCCACGGGCAGAGGCAGUCGAAUCCCAUCUCUCACGCCCUUGGCAAGGAAAUAUCCACCAGGGAAGCGUUGAAGCUGGUUCGUCACAACGUCCAACACCCAAAAGGAAGGACUUAACGUCCUCACACAACCCAACAUUUACAAAUUUAAAACGGGGACGUGCUCUAGUUUUAUCAGCUCGGAGACCA